AUGGCUGAUUUGGUUCAAGACGAACAAAAGGUUCUUGAAAUUGACGAAGAGGGACAGAACAGGGGAACUGAAUCUGAGGGAAACAACAGCAACAACAACAAGCGUAUAAAUUUGGAGGGUCAAGGAGAAAAAGAUAUGCAAGGGAAUUCGAUUCAUAGGUCCAGUUCGAGGCCUCAACUUGAUGUUAGUAAAGCUGAAAUUCAAUCUAAUGUGGAGGAUAAGUAUCCCACCAUAUUGUUGCCUAAUCAAUCUGAUGAUUUGUCUCACCUUGCUCUUGAUAUUGGAGGAUCUCUGAUAAAGUUGGUGUACUUUUCAAGACACGAAGGUCAAUCAGAUGAUGAUAAAAGGAAGAAAAGUUUAAAGGAGCGAUUGGGGCUUUCAAAUGGUAAUAGGAGAAGCUUUCCUAUUCUUGGUGGAAGGCUUCACUUUGUGAAGUUUGAAACAAGAAAGAUCAACGAGUGCUUAGAUUUCAUUCAUUCAAAGCAGCUUCACCGUGGUGGGUUGGAGUCACGUUACUCAGAUGCCACGGCUAAUGAAAAUGCCAUAAUUAAGGCUACUGGAGGUGGAGCAUACAAGUAUGCUGACCUUUUCAAAGAAAGACUCGGGGUUAGUCUUGACAAAGAAGAUGAAAUGAAUUGUCUUGUGGCAGGAGCGAAUUUCUUGCUUAAGGCAAUUCGACAUGAAGCUUUCACACACAUGGAGGGCAAGAAAGAGUUUGUUCAAAUUGACCAUAAUGAUUUGUUCCCUUAUCUUCUAGUUAAUGUUGGUUCCGGUGUUAGUAUGAUCAAGGUUGAUGGGGAUGGAAAGUUUGAGAGGGUUAGUGGGACAAAUGUUGGUGGUGGUACAUAUUGGGGCUUGGGAAGACUGUUAACAAAGUGCAAUAGCUUUGAUGAGUUGCUUGAGCUAAGCCAGAAAGGAGAUAAUAGAACUAUUGACAUGCUUGUUGGGGAUAUUUAUGGUGGUUUGGAUUAUUCUAAGAUUGGUCUAUCGGCUUCCACUAUUGCUUCAAGUUUUGGGAAAACUAUAUCAGAAAAAAAGGAGCUUGAAAACUACAGGCCUGAAGACAUAUCACUCUCUCUUCUACGGAUGAUUUCAUACAAUAUUGGCCAGAUAGCUUACUUAAAUGCAUUGCGAUUCCGGUUGAAGAGAAUAUUUUUUGGAGGAUUUUUUAUCAGGGGUCAUGCUUAUACAAUGGACACUCUUUCUUUUGCCGUUCAAUACUGGUCUAAUGGGGAAGCACAAGCAAUGUUUCUGCGACAUGAAGGCUUUCUGGGAGCUUUAGGUGCAUUUAUGAGUUAUGAAGAGCAUGGUUUAGAUGACCUCAUGGUGCAUCAGUUAGUCGAAAGGUUUCCUAUGGGUGCUCCAUAUACUGGAGGCAAGAUACAUGGCCCGCCACUUGGAGAUUUGAAUGAGAAGAUUUCGUGGAUGGAGAAGUUUUUACAAAAGGGAACAGAAAUUACUGCACCUGUACCGACGACUCCUGUUGCUGGAACUACUGGACUUGGGGGUUUUGAAGUCCCUUUGUCAAAAGGAAGUGCUUUGCGAUCUGAUGCGAGUGCUCUAAAUGUUGGUGUUCUCCAUCUAGUACCAACUUUGGAAGUGUUUCCAUUGUUAGCAGACCCAAAAUUGUAUGAGCCCAAUACAAUAGAUCUAGCAGAUCCCAGUGAAUUAGAAUAUUGGCUCACAAUUUUGUCAGAGCACUUGCCAGAUCUUGUUGACAAGGCUGUUGCUAGUGAAGGUGGAACUGAUGAUGCCAAAAGAAGGGGUGAUGCUUUUGCUCGUGCAUUUUCUGCCCACUUGGCAAGGUUAAUGGAGGAGCCUUCUGCAUAUGGGAAGUUAGGUCUGGCCAAUCUACUGGAAAUGAGGGAAGAGUGCUUGAGGGAAUUCCAGUUUGUUGAUGCCUACAGAAGUAUAAAGCAGAGGGAAAAUGAAGCAUCACUUGCUGUUUUACCUGACUUGUUUGUGGAACUUGAUAGCAUGGAUGAGGAAACAAGAUUGCUUACUCUAAUUGAAGGUGUUCUUGCUGCAAACAUUUUUGACUGGGGAUCUCGUGCAUGUGUGGAUCUCUAUCAUAAAGGAACAAUUAUUGAAAUUUACAGAAUGAGUCGCAAUAAAAUGCGCAGACCAUGGCGGGUGGAUGACUUUGAUGUCUUCAAAGAGAGAAUGUUAGGGUCCGGAGGCAAGAAGAAGGCUCCUCAUAGAAGAGCUUUACUUUUUGUUGAUAAUUCAGGUGCUGACAUUGUUCUAGGGAUGCUCCCUCUGGCUAGGGAGCUCCUCCGUCGUGGAACUGAAGUAGUUCUGGUUGCAAACUCGCUACCUGCUUUAAAUGACGUGACUGCAAUGGAGCUUCCUGAUAUUGUAGCUGAGGCUGCCAAGCAUUGCGACAUUCUAAGGCGAGCUGCUGAAGCUGGAGGUCUACUUGUUGAUGCGAUGAUUAAUACAGAUAGUUCGAAAGAAAAUUCAUCUUCGGUCCCCUUGAUGGUUGUUGAGAAUGGAUGUGGUAGUCCAUGUAUAGACUUAAGACAGGUCAGCUCUGAGUUGGCCGCUGCUGCAAAAGAUGCUGAUUUGAUAAUUUUGGAAGGGAUGGGUAGAUCUUUACAUACUAACCUCUAUGCCGAGUUUAAAUGCGAUGCUUUGAAGCUUGCGAUGGUGAAAAAUCAGAGAUUGGCUGAAAAGUUGAUUAAAGGGAACAUAUAUGACUGUAUUUGCAAAUACCAGCCUUCUAGUUGA